AUGGAGGAGGAACAGGCCGGCCGCCGCGCGACAAGGAGGACGUCUAAACAGAUCGAUAGGGAGUGUGGUGGCGGCGCUAAAAAAACUAAUGCGUCCGUCGCUCGUGGCAUUGGGCAGAAAAAAGCGGCGGCAAAAAAGGUCGCGCGCGGUCAACAGGAGGCCGGCAAGAAAGCGGAAGACAAGGGGCCUAAACCAACGCCACGCAAGCGUGUUUCUACAGUGAACAAAGAUGCGGAUGUUGCCUCUGCUGGAACCGAGCCCGGUCCGAGUAAAGACGGCACCACUGGCGGCAACGAAGAUCCGGGGCGAGGGAGCGCGAGUCUUGCACUCCCGUCGGCGGAGAUGGAGGGAUCGGCGACGGAGGGAAAUCACGGAGGCGAUCCCCGCGCCGAGCAUGCCGCAACCAAGGAGUCCGAGGCGGCGGCAACGCAACACCAUCUGACGCUGCUCCAGCCGACCGUGGUCGAAGUUUCUGCAGCCGUGCUGGAUAAGGACAAGGUGGGGGAGCACGAGUCGGUGGGGCUGGUCGGUGGCUCUCCACCUUCUGGUGGACGAGGGAGGCGUAGGCAGAGGAAGAGCGAUGGGGAGGACGAUUAUGACACCGCCGUGCCCGGGGACCUCAUUACGCGGGCGAAGAGGCGGCAGACGAGCCGACCUGCAGCAAGAAAAGCAUCCGGCGGAAGGAGAGGCAAGAAAGCAGCGACGGGAACAAAGCCGAAACGGGGCGAUGAAGACCCCGGUGAUGCGGAGGAGGAGGAGGAUGAGGAGGAGGAUGCGGAGGGAGAGGAGGAUGAAGAGGAAGCGGAGGAGGAUGACGCGGAUGAGGAGGAGGAGGAGGAGGAGGAUGAGGAGGAGGAGGAGGAGGAGGAGGAGGAGGAGGAGGAGGAGGAGGAGGAGGAGGCAGAGGAGGAGGAGGAGGAGGAGGAGGAGGAGGAGGAGGAGGAGGAGGAGGAGGAGGAGGAGGAGGAGGCAGAGGAGGAGGAGGAGGAGGAGGAGGAGGAGGAGGAGGAGGAGGAGGAGGAGGAGGAGGAGGGUGACGACGAGGAGGAGGAUGUGGAGGAGGAGGAGGAGGAGGAGGAGGAGGAGGAGGAGGAGGCAGCGGAGGAGGAGGAGGAGGAGGAGGAGGAGGAGGAGGAGGAGGAGGAGGAGGAGGAGGAGGAUGUGGCGCCAGUGAAGGGACGGGGCGGGCCGUGA